GUAACGUGUGCUAAGUUGCAGCAGUCGUGUCAAAGUUCACUAUAUAGAGAGCUCAGUGAGCUGAUCAGAGAGAAAGCAUUCUGCCAGCCCGGCUCCUACCAAUCGCAAAUCACUUCCUAACCUCCGCCUUUUUAACAUAUUUGAUCACUUUGAUUCUCUACUCCUUUUUCCUAUUAUUUUCCAGCGCACGGAGGAGGUUUGUAGGUGGUGAUCUUAGUUUUUUUUUUGUUUUGGGUUUUUUAGUGCUUUCGCUUUUUUGAGGGGAGAGUUGUCUUCAUAUUCCAAGCUCUCAAAAACAUUGGCUUCAGCUGCGCGCUCGCUGGCGCUACCUCACCAGGAGAAAAGGAAGAAGACGCGAUUUUCUUUUCUUUUUUUUUCUUUUUUUUUUAACCCAGUUGGUGAUUUUCUCCAAGACUUGUGCUGGAACUUGAUAGUGGCUGCUACAGUGUGCUCACCAAUUGUUUUAUGCUGCUGCGGGCACGGUGUUAUCAACCUGCUCCAUCACUGACUGAACAGUCCAUGCUACCUCGGCUGGUCCUUUUUUAAUAUUUAGCCUACCUUUGCCAUUGAUGGCCGUGCUGGAUGGCUGACUGUAAGCGCCCCUGGACUUGGCCUUUAAGCGCAAGGCAGCGACUCAGCUCGCCAUCGCAUCAGUUUUGAAAACGUGCUUCGCAGCGUCUCCAACAGCAAUAAAUCGACAGUUUUUUCGGGAGAUCCAGAGUGGAUUCAUCGUAGGCUAGAUCUGACAUUUUGUGUGUCUGGCUCUUAAUCCCAGUUUACCGCGUUUCCCUGAGACGUUAUCCACCGCGACACCAAAACGGCAGACAAAAAGUUUCUUUACGUUGACUGAUAGAUAUGGCAAUGGUAGUGUGGAGAGGCUCCCAGGACGAUGUGGCUGACACCCAAGGCACCCUUUCCUCGCAGACCCAAGGAGGACUAUCUCUUCCCACCCCUCAACCAGGCCAGUUGAAUCUGACAGCCUCUCAGGUCGCCCCUCCGACCCCUCAGACUCCGGUCCAAGGACCCCCGAACAACACACAGUCCACGCCGACGAACCAGACGACGCAGCAGUCGGAGAAGCAGCCACAGCACAUUGAAUGCGUGGUGUGUGGGGAUAAAUCUAGUGGCAAACACUACGGCCAGUUUACUUGCGAGGGCUGCAAAAGCUUCUUCAAACGGAGCGUACGACGGAACCUCACUUACACAUGCCGUGCCAACAGGAAUUGUCCAAUCGACCAACACCACCGCAAUCAGUGUCAGUACUGCCGCCUCAAAAAAUGCCUUAAAGUCGGCAUGAGACGGGAAGUUUCUCUUUUUACUGCAGCCGUGCAAAGGGGACGGGUGCCACCCACACAGCCACACCACGGUCAGUUCGCCUUGACAAAUGGAGACCCACUCCACUGCCAUUCCUACUUAUCCGGAUAUAUCUCUCUUCUGUUGAGAGCGGAGCCCUACCCGACGUCCCGGUAUGGCAGCCAGUGCAUGCAACCCAACAACAUAAUGGGCAUCGAGAACAUUUGUGAACUAGCAGCCAGGAUGCUCUUCAGUGCCGUGGAGUGGGCCAGGAAUAUUCCCUUCUUUCCAGACCUUCAGAUCACCGACCAGGUGGCUCUGCUGAGGUUGACGUGGAGUGAGUUAUUUGUGCUCAACGCGGCGCAGUGCUCCAUGCCCCUGCAUGUGGCUCCUCUCCUGGCGGCGGCUGGCCUUCACGCCUCCCCCAUGUCUGCGGACAGAGUGGUGGCCUUUAUGGACCACAUUAGGAUCUUCCAAGAACAAGUGGAGAAGCUCAAAGCUUUGCACGUUGACUCUGCUGAAUAUAGCUGCUUAAAGGCAAUUGUGCUCUUCACCACAGAUGCUUGUGGGCUCUCAGAUGUGGCCCAUGUGGAAAGUUUGCAGGAGAAGUCCCAGUGCGCCCUGGAGGAAUAUGUCCGGAGCCAGUAUCCCAACCAGCCAACACGGUUUGGGAAGUUGUUACUUCGCUUGCCUUCCCUCCGCACAGUCUCUUCCUCGGUCAUAGAACAAUUAUUUUUCGUCCGAUUGGUAGGUAAAACCCCAAUUGAAACUCUCAUCAGGGAUAUGUUGCUUUCGGGGAGCAGUUUUAACUGGCCUUACAUGUCAAUUCAGUAAACCAAGAAGGAGACGAACAAACAAAAGGUUGGGGUUGGGGGGCUGCGAGACUACAAUGAUUAUAGCUGCUUUUGUGGAAGGAAUAAAAAAAAAAAAAAAAAAAAAAAAAAAACCCAACCGGCUGUUACACGGGGCUGGCUUUCAUGAAGAAAGACAUUGACGUAAAUGACUGUGAAUCCCCCCCACCCCCCCACUCAAAAAAAAAAGAAAAAAGAAAAAAAAUUGAGACAUCCACUGAACUUUCAAAAUGGCAGAUACAAGCUCCCAGUGUUCACGUAGAACAACCUGCUUCGAUCCAUUUUUUUUUUUACUGAAAGAAGAAAAUGAGGAAAAAAAGGAAAAGGGAUUUUGUUGAUCCGUAGAAGGAAAAUUUUAAGUAUUAAGUGCAUUUAAAAAUGAAAAUUUGGGUUAAAAAAAUGACAAAAAAAAUGGAGAAAGGGAAAAUACAAAACGUGAAUUUUCUUUUCUCAAAUGACUUGUCCUGUGUCCAUGUAUAGCUGUGUUUUGUACUUUCUUUGUUCCUCCUUUCUGGUUCCAAACCGGCCUAUGUGAUUUCUGUAGUACAGGUGGUGUUAUUUUCUAAGACAAUGAUUUAUUUUGAAAUGGUGAAAUAAUGUAAAAAAUAAUAAUAAAAAAAAAAGUUCUAAAAAAGAAUUAAAACCACAGCAAUAGGAGAAAUAGGCUUAUGAUCUAGGCUUAAUGCUGCAAGCGCACUUAUAUUAUAGGAUGACCAAUAUACCAUCUGGGGCUAAAUAGGGAGGUUUUUGGAGUUCGUGUUCAACUUUAUGACCCAGCGGGAACAUUUCUUUGCUCUUUAUUACUAUGAAGUCGCAGGAUCCACUUUUCUUUCCCACUGCUGUUUUUGACUAAAAAUCUUAAUCUGACGCUCGCAGACAUGACGGGCCCACAUGAUUUAAAUGAUUUGGCUUUUUGAAUAACCUUCCACGUCUCAUCCAGCUCUGGAUAUUUGUCUCCAAGUUCUCCAAUUGGACACGUCUGAAGAAAUAAUAAGAAUCAAAAGAGAACGAUUCCUACAAGUAGCCAAUAAGACCUGCUGUUAUUGAGGUAUUUAAGGCAGUUUGUUCAAAAUGCGUAAAAUGCGCAUCGAAGAGCGUUUGCAGUGGCUCAAACUGAACCGAGCGCAUAAUUGGCUCGUUUAAAAUAAAAGUUGGAGAGGUCAAGGGUCAUAAAAGUUGGAAGCCUGGCCAGAGAGUAGUGUUUAAUAGCAGUAUUAUUAAAGCGUCCCUGAAAUGUCACCCUUUAUUCACUUCAAGCAUUAAGUGCCUGACAAGCAUGAUGUGAUUUCUUAUCAAAACGUUGUUAAACUAUAGGCCUAAACAGCAUUUCUUUUUUUUCUUUUCUUUUUUUUUUUUGGUGGGGUGGGGGAGGGCACAAUUAGAUUUGAAACUUCAGUCGUGUAUCCCACUUGAGAAACGCUGAUUAGAGGCAGUAUUCUUGUAAAUAUAGGUCAAUUCAUUUCAACGAGUUUUUCCUUUAUACAAAGUAUAUGUGAUUAAGAAAAAUCUGUGGUUGCCAUUUUUUUUCUCUCUCUCUCUCUCUCGGUAAUACAACGUCUUCAAAAUUGAGUGGCAGACUUAGCUAGUAGCACUGAAAGUUAUGUUUUUAAUGUAUAUACAUAUUACUACAAAUGUUUUCUUUUUCAUGUAUAUUUAGACUGUGAAUGCAUGGCCACAGGUCGCUAACCUAUUUUACCUUUGAUAUAUAAAUGUAAAUGUUUUCUCUCUCUUUCUCUCUCUCUCUUAUUUUUAUUUUAUUUUUAUUUUUAUUUUUUGACUGUAUAGAUAUAAUCUGUGCAUUCAGUACACUAGCCCUUGUAUUUAAAGAAACAGAAAAGAAAAGAAACGACGUUCAUUAUUAGGCUACAGACUUAAACAGGGUGAGCAGGUUUGGAAAAAAAAGGAGCUGAUAUUUUAACUUUAGUGUUAUUGCUCCUUUGGUGUUUGACAGGUGCCGUGGUGCGUGUGUGUGUGUGUGUGUGUGCGUGUGUGAGCGUGAGCGUGUGUCUGCGUGCGUGUGUGCGCGCUCGCGCACGCGUGUGUGCAUUUGGAAGCUAGCAAUUUUGUCCUUGUUUUGAGGCUUUUCUUCACCACACACAGAAACACCAUGUCGUGGUUGAAUUAAAAGGGAUCACUGAUUGAACACUGAUCUUUGGCUGUGCGUAGCCACAUAUGGACCAGAGAAUGAUACAUGAUUGUAAUUAUGAACAGUUUAAACUGACCCACGUUUUUAUAUAAAUAUAUAAAAAUAUAUGACUGCAGGGUAUUGAUAACGUAUAGAUACUUUUUUUAUGAUUAUUAUUAUUAUUAUUAUUAAUUGCAAGUGAUAUAUGUGAGUGUGUGUGAAAGUUUAUAGUUGAACACAAUUCUUGUUUGUUUGUGUUAGCUUAUUGUAAACAAGCAUUCUGCUGUAAAUUUGUUCUUGGUAUUAAAUUAUAAUUUAUGAAUUUGAAAA